UUCACCCUUCAGAAGAUGAGGAGGGGAGAGAAGAUCCAGGGAAGAGAGAGUAAUCAGCAGAAGUCUUGCGUUGAUCUCUCACUAACAUACAGUAAAGUCCAUACACCAUGUCGCAUCCAGCUAAAAGAUGUCUCAGUCUUCAAAGGUUCCCAUGAGAAGGAAGAGCUUCUCCCUCACAGAGUGGACCCAGAGUCCUCAAGUGCACCACUUUUUAUGGAACAGCCUAAACGUCGCAAGAUAAUUGUCGAUCUUCGACCCACCCUUAGGGAAGUGAUGUACCCAGAGGAAGAGCAAAUUAACUGUUCAACAAACUCUUCUGAAGAACUGUCUUUUAUAAGCACUGAAUGUUCAGAAAAAACACAGAAAGCCAUAGAAAGAGAGAAACCUGUGACUCCAUGUAACAGGACAACAGGAGAGGUCAGAAUCUGUCUCCCAUCUAUACAGAACAAUUGUGUAAGGUCUAAAGCAUCACCCAUGGGGCAUCAAGUGGUGAGUUUGGUAGCUGUCAGAGAUGAUGGAAUUCUUUCAUGCAAUUCAGAGCCCAAAUCGUUUGAAACUCAGCAAAUGUGCUUCCCAAAGAUCAUCCUGAGUCAAAGGCAACUUCAAAAGAUUCCAGAUGAGGCAAGAACUCCAAAAAAUGUUGAUACUGGGUGGCACGGGGUGGAGAAGCUACAACUUCCACUGUCUGAACUGGUGAGAGUAGCAAAAGAAAGGGCAGACUCUGGCCAUCAUACCCUCAUCAAUCAUGUACUCUGCUCGCUAAGAGAAAAGAGGUUACACGACACUAUACAAACCAAUGUGUUGAUGGAAAAGAUGUGCCAGGAAAACACACACAGAUCUCAAAAGAUACCUUGUUCAGGUGGGAAUAUCAGACUCACAUGGGCAAAGAGAAGCUGAAAGUUGUAUUUAAACAGCA